UCAAAACAGUGAAAAUCAAAUCAAUCAAAUCAAAAACCUCGCCCAUUAAGUAGGGCACACUUUUCUUCAGCUCAGUGGAAAGUGCAGAAGACAGUUGUUUGUGCAUUCAGUUGGACUGAAGAUGGCAGUUAACUGCACUUUGAAACUGAGCUGAAGGUGGCAGUUGCCCACGCUUUCAACUGAACCAAGGAUUCUCUGUCCCAGGGCUACUGUUGCCACUGGGCAUCUUCAGGCAGACCCCCAGACCUUGGCCCUCCCCUAAAUUCCCACCCACAAAACCGCCUCAAUUUCCAUUUUGGAGACCCCAAUGUGAUGCUGGAAUUCCCCUUACAGAGGCAGUAUAUUGCUUUAUGACAGCACUUAGAGGCAGGGACAGAGAAGCAGACCCAUUUCAUCCUCCAUGCAGAAUCCACAAGACUGAAUUUGGUCUGCUGCCCAUCUACUUUGGAAGUCUAGGAUUUUGUUACAUGCUGGUAUUCAUUUGUAUGCUAUUUCUUCAAUGGAGGAAAGGAAUCCAGCAGAAGCGACGUGCAAAAGCCUGGGUGAAACAGCUGAAAACGGAAUCGUAUUUCCAGCGCGCAUUGGCUCACAAGGAAGCUGAACCUGGAAAUAAAGCAGAAGCCUGCAGUCCCGAGUCUGAUAGCAUCCGAAAACCACAAGACAGCUUCUCGGCCAGUGAGAUCACCAUAGAUAGCAGUGGCGAUUCCAUCCCAUCAGCUCAAGAGCCGUACAAGCCAGUGUUUCAGGAAAUACCAUGCACCUGCGUGCUCUCUCACAUGCCGCCACUGCUUGAGCAUUCAGCUUCUUACCCUUGCUCGAGUAUCCGAACCAAAAGCAUGCCAUUCAACUCACCUCUGAAAUCUGCCACGUUGACAAAGGAGGCAUACAAUCUCUGUAGCAGCAUCUCAGCCUAGCAGUAAGAUGAACCAGCAAGUCUUCAUGAUUUUAAUUGUACCCCAAAUAAAGACCAGAUGCAGAACAAUUUCAAAA